UAUUCAAACCAGGGAAAUUCAAAAUGGCAACUUUGACAGGGUUUCAAAUGCUAACAGAACCAGCUGGUAAUAAUAUGCAUGUUCGUGGGGGAGAACAGCCCGUUUCAACUCCAGGUCCAUUCCGAGCCACUAAGAUGUGGAAUGCUAUAGUUGAUCAUCUGAAGACUGCUGUAGAUAUCCGAACCAGGAAGCACAUGAUGAGGUCAUACGAGGAUUGCUUCCUGGGGUCAGAUGCAGUGGAUGUUAUCUGUGGCUACAUGGAGAGGGAAAAUUCCGAGGUCAAAGAGGUCACAAGAGAGAAAAUAGCAAAGUUAUGUCAGUAUUUCCUGGAUCAGAACAUUAUUGAGGAUGCACAGACCUGCGGCAAUGUUGGACACAGGAGGGCGGUCUUCAUGGAUAACAACUCACAUUAUUACAGGUUUACAAGUAGAGAGAGCAGUGACGAGUCAACGAGUGAAGAGCAGACACCAUCAUCACAUAGAGAAUCCAGCGACCUUUCACCUAGUAAUAAAUCAAAGGCAUGCAAGAGGAGAUCGAGUAUAGAUGUUUUACAGCAGCCGUUUGACAGGAAGAGGAGGAUACGUCAUAGCUUAGGCAAGGGGAAACAAGUCAAGUUUGAUCGCAGGGCAUCCUUAGCAGAGGGGCGCUCCUCUAACAUGAAGGGGAUCCAGAACCCUGCCUUCGAAGGCCCCCAUUCCGACGCCCUCACAACCAUCGUCACGCCAACCCGUCAGCCACUAGCGACCCUCAACCACCGGGACCAGGCCGCGACCCCAGGAUUGAAGAGAUUCGGAAGAGAGAGUAGGAGGGAGAGGAGACUUUCCAAACAAGUGAUCAGUGACAUAUGGAAGGAGGUCAUCAUCCAGAGGAUCUUACAUCUAGUGGAGCUCCCCCAUCUGGAUAAUCUACUUGCCUGUGCAGCCAGCUACCAUUACGAGUCUGCAGAGCAUGUAGAGAAGUCUAUGCCAAACCUCGAUACACCAGCCAGGAGGAUGUCCAGUAGAAGGACUUGCCAAAGGCCGGAUAUCAAUAAAAUUGACCCGUGGCUCAGAACUGCCAUGCACUGUCUAGACGUCCACCCAGAGGGUGCUAACGUGAAACGCGACUUCACCUCCAGCCGCCCGCACGCACCGGGGAUGCUGCACGCCCGCAAGCUCCUCCUCUACCAAGCCAUCGUCAAACUGUACACCGAAAGCUGUAAAGAACCGCUCAUAACCCCUCUACUGAUGGAUAUAGUUACAAUGAUUCUUGGUGCGCUCGGAGGCGGGAAGGGAUCCCGGGCCAUUGAGCUUACCCAGCUAUGCCUCCUUUUGUUGCCAGGGGCAACCCGCCUCCGAUUGAGGGCGCUACUAAGGUUCAUGGGGGAAGCUGGGAAGAAGACGUCAGUUAAGCUGACCUACCAGGUUGACAAUCAUACCAACGUCUGUAACACACUUCAGAGGGCCAUCAUAUCAAGCCCUCUACUGUCGGCCAUCCAAGCCAAGAACCUCGUCUCUUUCUUCCUGGAUGCUCAGAAUAAAAUCUUCAAGAUUCCCGAGGCAGUUCUUCAAGUAGUAACGACGAGGAUAGCGCAAGCUAAACAGGGUGAACAGGACCACUGUAGAGUGGUCUUCUGCCAGACGGUCACAACUGAACAGUUUGAGGUUCAAAGCUAUACCAACGAAGCCCUCAAGAAUCUCAUGAAUAGCAUCAUUGAUGACACCAAGCUGUCCCUGAAGGAGAAGAAACAGAAGCUGAAGCUCCUCCAGAAAGCCCAUGCUGAGGUCUACAACAGACAUUUUGCCGAUAUGCUUUAGUAUUUUAUUCUAUAUUAUUUCUGUUAACCUGUUGGAUACCUAGUUUUGUGAUUUCCAUAGGCUUUGUACAGGGAUUAACCGCUUUCAGUAGGCAAUGGUUUCAAGGAGAAUGAAACUUUUGGAACAAGAUAGCUUGUGUGAAAACAGAAAAAUCGAAGAAAAGGAU